CUCAUUUAGUUUGCUAUUAGCUGCUGAUCGAAGAUGCUGAACCUACGGUAUAUUGUCGUGGCAGUUGUGCUCAUUGUCAGCCCUUUGGUUGUCCUCGGUGGCAGCGUGGUCUUUGGCCGGCAAAGGGCGGACGCACACUUGCUUUUUGCCACCCAUGUGACAGAGCCGGCCAAGUUGUUACGCAUUGUCGAGAGAACAGUUACAUUCACACAGGAGGAUAAUAAAAGGGCUAUUGGCGCCAUUGUAAUUGACGACAUAAACCACACAAUUGGUGGCGAGGCCUCGAUCUUGGACGGUGGCCCAACCUCCACAUAUGUGACCCUCAAGUUCAAAUCGAUGCGUGGCCAGGGCCUUGACUUUAAUGUGUAUAUUUACGAUUCUCCGUAGUGUCUAAUCAAAGUGUAUUUCGAUUUUUCGUGGAAUAUUUUAAUAAUCAUAAUGGUUUAUGGUGCCUCAA